AUGUCAUCCCCAGUACCAAUUUCACAAUUGAGCAGAUCGCUUAAACAAACAUCCUUGUCCCCAAAGAAGGAGGUCUCUACUUCUCCAACAUCGACGUAUCUUGAUAGUGCUCCAAGACCAAGAGCAACUACCUUUGACAGAUCUAAGAAGGCAUUGAAACCUUUCUCCACUGGUGAUAUUAAGAUGCUAAUUUUGGAAAAUAUUAACCAGACCGCACUUGAUACUUUCCAUGACAAGGGCUAUCAGGUUGAGUUUUACAAGACCUCUCUGCCCGAGGAUGUGUUGAUCGAGAAGAUCAAGGAUGUGCAGGUGAUUGGUGUGAGAUCAAAGACAAAGUUGACCGCAAAGGUUCUUUCGCACGCCAAGAAUUUGAUUGCUAUUGGUUGCUUCUGUAUCGGUACUAACCAGGUCGAUCUAGAGUAUGCUGCAGACCAUGGUAUUUGCGUGUUUAACUCACCAUUCUGUAACUCUCGUUCUGUUGCUGAGAUGACGUUGGCCGAGGUUAUUGGCCUAUCCCGUCAACUCGGGGACCGUGUUAUGGAGAUGCACCAGGGCGUUUGGAACAAGAAAUCGGCCAAGUGCUGGGAAGUCAGAGGUAAAACUCUUGGUAUUGUCGGAUACGGUCACAUUGGUUCACAGUUGUCUGUGCUGGCUGAGGCAUUAGGUAUGCGUGUGCUUUAUUAUGAUAUAUUGUCAUUGAUGGCCCUUGGUAAUUCCGAGCAAGUCGCCACAUUGGAUGAGGUUUUGGGCGAGUCUGAUUUUGUGACUUUGCAUGUUCCUGAGACUCCAGAAACCAGAAAGAUGAUCUCGACUGCCCAGAUUGCUAUGAUGAAGGAUGGCGCUUACCUUUUGAACAACUGCAGAGGUUCUGUUGUCGAUAUUCCUGCAUUGGUCGAGGCAUUAAAGCUUGGAAAAUUGGCAGGUGCUGCAUUGGACGUGUAUCCAGCUGAGCCAAGGAAAAAUGGUCCAGACUUCAAGGGUGAUCUUUUCCCAGAGCUGGAGGAGUUGAAAUCAAUGAAGAAUGUUAUUUUGACUCCACACAUCGGUGGUUCUACCGAAGAGGCACAGUCGGCUAUCGGAAUUGAGGUCAGUAAUGCUUUGAGCAAUUACAUUAAUGAAGGAACCUCUACUGGUGCUGUUAACUUCCCAGAGGUUGCACUUAGAGGACUCGACUGGGAUCAGCAGAAUGCUGUUAGAAUCUUGUAUAUUCAUCAGAAUGUUCCGGGUGUGUUGAGAACAGUUAAUCAGAUCUUGUCUGAUCACAACAUUGAGAAGCAGUUCUCCGACUCUCGUGGCAAUGUUGCUUACCUUAUGGCUGAUAUUUCUAACGUUAAUUUAGAUGACAUCAAGAGUAUUUACGAGAAGUUGGAAAACACGCCUUACAGAAUCAUCACCAGAUUACUCUAUUAA